AUGGCUUCCCAAGGACCGAAACGGGAGUCUCUGUCGCGUUAUUUCAAAGAUCUUGACGAAUUCGAAGACAGCGAUAGUGAUACUGAAACAAGUAAAGUUGACGGUACUUCUAAUGCAAAGUCGAGUGAUAAAACUGUAACAAAGAGUAAUAAUGUAAAAAAUUCUGCAGCGGAUAAUGAACUUGCUUGCAAACCAGCUGGUUUGAAACCUGAUCUCGAGACUGAAAAAGAAUUGCCUCCGCAUACUACUACCAGCAGUAAUUUGAGUAAUAGUAAUAGACACACUGAUGUAAAAGCUAAUACAGAAAAGAAGAACAAACUUCCUUCUGCUUCAGAAUGUUUAAGCACACGCAGCAAUCCAACAUUCUUGAAAGUAUCUGAGACAAAAGAGAUCAACUGGGACGCUCGUGAAAAACGAUUGGGUGGUGGGGAUGAAGAUACUGCUGCCGCCACCAACGUUACAACUAACGCAGUUCCACCGCCUUCAUCUUACGAGCCAAUUACAGAUCCUGGAAUUAAAGUUGUAGACUCAGAAGGACGGAAAAGAAAGACAGUUUGGAGUGAUCUGGAGGACCAGAACACCUCAACGAAAGCAUACAAAGUACACAAAGAUGAUGGUGACGAUGAAGGUGAUGAUGGCUCCUGA